AUGUCCGACCGGUCGAAGCCGUCCAGUCCGGAGAUAUUGGCUGUCGCGUGUGGGAAUGGGCACGCUAUUGCCGUGCUGGACUCCGAGAUCGGCCGCAUCGUGGCCACCUGGGGCUCGGGCGAUGAUGGGCAGCUGGGGCACGGCGACACGCGCGAGCGCGACGCGCCCCAGGUCGUCCUCGCCCUUAUGGGCAAGGACGUGGACCUGGUGUCCUGCGGCGGCGACCACUGCGUGGCCUCCUCCAGCUCGCGCCGCGAGACCUACAGCUGGGGCUGGGGCGACUUUGGGCGCCUGGGCCAUGCCCAGGCCGACGACGUGUGGACGCCCAAACCCAUCCGGGGCCUGUCCGGGUUGACCCUGGCCCAGGUGGCCUGCGGCGACAUGCACACCCUAGCACUCACCGUGGACGGCGCGGUGUAUGCCUUUGGCCGGAACCAGGCAGGGCAGCUUGGCAUCCCCUCCCAGUACGACGCGCUGGAGCCGACGCGCGUCGCGGCGCUGGAAGGCAAGCACGUGCGCCAGGUGUCCUGCGGCGGCGAGCACUCCCUGGCGGUGGUGGAGGGGGGGCAGCUCUACGUCUGGGGCUGGGGCAAGUACGGGAACCUAGGCCUCGGAAACGAGUUGGACCACCGGCUGCCGGUGCACGUGGAGGUUCCGGGUGCCCCCACCAUCACCACCGCCUGCUGCGGCUGGCGGCACACUGCGGCCGUGGAUGCCGAGGGGCGGCUGUACACCUGGGGCUGGAACAAGUACGGCCAGCUGGGCCUGGGCAACCACGAGAACCAGAGCCGGCCGAGCCUGGUGUCGUCCCUCUCCACCAGCGCCGUGCACUCCGUCAGCGGCGGCUGGCGGCACACGCUGGUCAUCGCCGGCCCCCAGCACGAGGUCUUCGCCUGGGGCUGGAACCGCUUCGGCCAGCUGGGCCUGGACGGCAUCCAGGACUGCUCCCGGCCCUGCCGCAUCAGGGGCGAGCUGGAGGGGUGCAGCGUGCGCAGUGUGCAGGCCGGCUGGCGGCACUCCAUCGCCGUGACGCGGGAGGGCGAGGUGUACGUCUGGGGGCGCGGCGCGUCGGGGGUGCUGGGCCUGGGCGGGCGCGAGGAGGACCAACUGAUGCCCACGCGCCUGGUGUCGCUGAGCCUGGGAACCGCGGAGCUGGGGGACCUCAUGACGCAGCAGACCGUGCCGGAGGCGGACGCCGCCAGCAAGUACGGCCUGGUCCCGGAGCAGGCCGGCGAGGAGGCGGGCGGCGUCGUCCCCGACUACAACGUCGAGGCGAAGCGGUCGCGUGUCUGA